UCGCCGGCGCGGGCCAUGUCGCUGUGGGGGGAGCCGCUGCAGGCCCCGCCGCCCCCGGCCUCGCAGCCGCUUCUCGCCGCGCCCUCGGGGCCGCCGCUGGCUCCUCUGGCCGGCGCGACCCUCAACCGCCUGCGGGAGCCGCUGCUGCGGAGGCUGAGCGAGAGCCUGGACCGGGCGCCCGAGGGCCGGGGCUGGAGGAGGCUGGCCGAGGUGGCGGGCAGCCGGGGGCGCCUGCGGCUCAGCUGUCUGGACCUGGAGCAGUGUUCGCUUAAAGUACUGGAGCCUGAAGGAAGCCCAAGCCUAUGUUUACUGAAGCUAAUGGGUGAAAAAGGCUGUACGGUCACAGACUUGAGCGAUUUCCUACAAGCUAUGGAACACACUGAAGUCCUCCAGCUUCUCAGCCCUCCAGGAAUAAAGAUCACUGUAAACCCAGAAUCAAAGGCAGUCUUGGCUGGACAGUUUGUGAAACUGUGUUGCCGGGCAACUGGACAUCCUUUUGUACAAUAUCAAUGGUUCAAAAUGAAUAAAGAGAUUCCAUACGGAAAUGCCUCAGAACUUAUUUUUAACACAGUGCAGGUAAAAGAUGCAGGCUUUUAUGUCUGUCGCGUUAAUAAUAAUUUCACCUUUGAAUUCAGCCGGUGGUCACAGCUGGAUGUUUGUGACAUCGCAGAAGUAACAGAAAGCUCUCAGAGAAGUGUGGAUGGCGUCUCUGAGUCCAAGUUGCAAAUCUGUGUUGAGCCAAGGUCCCAAAAGCUGCUGCCGGGCAGCACGUUGAUUCUGCAGUGUGUUGCUGUGGGAAGCCCUAUUCCUCAAUACCAGUGGUUCAAAAAUGAGUCGCCAUUAACACAUGAGACAAAAAAGCUCUACAUGGUGCCCUAUGUGGAUUUGGAACAUCAGGGAACCUAUUGGUGUCGUGUGUAUAAUGAACGAGACAGUCAAGAUAGCAAGAGGGCAGAAGUCGUCAUAGGAAGAACAGCUGAGGCAGUGGAGUGCACUGAAGAUGAGUUAAAUAAUCUUGGGCAUCCUGAUAAUAAAGAUCAAACAACUGACCAAACUUUGGCAAAAGACAAGGUUGCUCUUUUGAUAGGAAAUAUGAAUUACAGGGAGCACCCUAAGCUGAAAGCUCCUUUGGUGGAUGUGUAUGAAUUGACCAACUUACUAAGACAGCUGGAUUUCAAAGUGGUUUCCCUGCUGGAUCUUACUGAAUAUGAGAUGCGUAAUGCUGUGGACGAAUUCUUGCUGCUCCUAGACAAAGGAGUGUACGGGUUAUUAUAUUAUGCAGGACAUGGUUAUGAAAACUUUGGGAACAGCUUUAUGGUCCCUGUUGAUGCACCAAAUCCAUAUAGGUCUGAAAAUUGUCUGUGUGUACAGAAUAUACUGAAGUUAAUGCAAGAAAAGGAAACUGGGCUCAAUGUGUUCUUGUUGGAUAUGUGUAGGAAAAGAAAUGACUACGAUGAUACCAUCCCGAUCCUGGACGCACUGAAAGUCACUGCCAACAUUGUGUUUGGAUAUGCCACGUGUCAAGGAGCAGAAGCUUUUGAAAUCCAGCAUUCUGGAUUGGCAAAUGGAAUCUUCAUGAAGUUUUUAAAAGAUAGAUUAUUAGAAGACAAGAAAAUUACUGUGUUACUGGAUGAAGUUGCAGAAGAUAUGGGUAAAUGUCACCUCACGAAAGGCAAGCAGGCUCUGGAGAUUCGAAGCAGCCUGUCCGAAAAGAGGGCCCUGACAGACCCAAUUCAGGGGACGGCGUGUUCUGCAGAGUCUCUGGUGCGGAAUCUGCAAUGGGCCAAGGCUCAUGAACUUCCAGAAAGUAUGUGUCUUAAAUUUCAGUGUGGUGUUCAGAUUCAGUUGGGAUUUGCAGCAGAGUUUUCCAAUGUCAUGAUAAUCUACACAAGUAUAGUCCACAAACCACCUGAGAUCAUAAUGUGCGAUGCCUAUGUCACCGAUUUUCCACUUGACCUAGAUAUUGACCCGAAAGAUGCAAAUAAAGGAACACCUGAAGAGACGGGCAGUUACUUGGUGUCCAAGGACCUUCCCAAGCAGUGCCUCUACACCAGGCUCAGCUCACUGCAAAAGCUAAAGGAGCAGCUCGUCUUCACGGUGUGUUUAUCGUAUCAGUACUCGGGAUUGGAAGACACUGUGGAGGAGAAGCAGGAGGUGAACGUUGGGAAGCCUCUCAUCGCCAAGUUAGACAUGCACCGGGACCUGGGGAGGAAGACACGUUUUCAGACAUGUCUCCCAUCCAGCAGCCCGUACCAGAGCUCUGCAGCCACCUCGGGGGCAGUGGGACACUACCACUCCUCUCAGGACUCGUUCCAUGGCGUCUACCAUUCACAGCUCGGUACCUCGGACCCCAUCCUGCCUGCAGAUGGGUGUCACUGCAGCCGGACUCAAGAUGCUUUUAUUUCGAGUUACCACACCCACCAUUACUCUUGCCAGUUCAGUAGAAGCAACGUGCCAGUAGAGACCACUGAUGAGAUACCAUUCAGUUUCUCCGAUAGGCUCAGGAUUUCUGAAAAGUAACCCUGUGUUUUUGAAAGCACAAUGGCUAGAUGCCUCCUCUGAAGUAGUCUUUAUAGGAAGUAAGGCAUUGUGGAGAGGCAGAUGUGUGACUGUAGAGAGAGAAUUAGUAACAGCUGUUUCACACCAGACUUGGGACGUUGAGAUGUUGGAAUCAUAACUAACCACAGACUCCCUUUUGUUCCUCUCUCAACGUUUUUGUGAAUUGGCUGAUAGGUUCUGUAAGAAUGAAGAGUGUGUGUGUGUGUGUGUGUGUAACAAAAAACAGUUUCGUUUCAAUCACUCUGAAGAGGAAGCAGUGGGAAUGUCAUUCUGAAUAACAUGGUGUAUUUUUAGCACCAGAAAGAACCUUGCUGAUUAAAUCCCAGCCUGAUUUUUUUUUUUUUUUUUUUUUUUUUUUUUUUUUGUGUGU